CAACCACGUUCGCCAGGUACCCGACACACAACCAGAACAACCAUCCACCGAAGAACAAGAAGAAGGAGAAGAAGAAGAAGAAGACUCCACUAUCAUCGUUAUUGCAGUGGAGCAGAGCCUUGCAGCCUCGACUCGGGAUCGCUUCAUCAAGGCUUUUCAAGCAAAUCAGUUCUGGCUGCCCCUCAGUCAACGAGCCCCCUCCCCUCCACCACCGACUACUUCCACUCCCCCAUCCAACGACCACCAAGUGAGUGCACGCGAGCGCCUGGGAGCCCGGCAAGUUGGUUACGAUCCGAAUGCACGCCCAGGUGUGACUGUCCAACACGGUGAAAACGAGCGCACCUUCACCUUCAACUCUUGGACUGGGGCCAUUUACACUUGGACUGUUAAGGAUACUUGCUCGAAUCCAUACCUCCCACCUCAACCAAAGCUCAAGAAACGGGGGCCUAAGGUCGUCUACGGCAUCUGCAGAAAAGUAGCUGGUGUUAGAAUGCCUGAUGCCUCACAAUCCCCAUCCAAGCGUCGCAAGACAAAAGGCCCUUAUAUGAAGCCUCGGAAACCCAUGUUAAUAUGGCCUGCUGGAUUGCUCCCUGUCGAGAUCUUUGCCCUAAUCAUAGAUCACCUUCCCCGUUCGAGUAUUCAAAGUCUGCGACUCGUCAACAAGGAGUUUGAAGAUAAGGUAUCGCCGGUCUUGUUCAAGGUGGUUGUUGUUCCUUUCCGACCCGAGAUUUAUGGAAUCGCCCCCGAAACAACACCGACGAAUGAUGGCCCACAAAGCUCUGUCCUGCUGCAAGAUAAAGGCAUGAGAGUAUUUGAAGGGUUCGGCAAAUGGAUCCAGAAGUUCGCCAUGAGCUUCGAGAUUGACCCUGAGAAGCUUGCAAGCCCUCCAGUCAAGUGUGACCAAGAGGCAAUUGUCUCGUUCUGGGGUAUCUACCGGUGGCCAUACAAGAAUUACAAUCGCUAUUCUCAGCUCGAGGGCCUGGAACAAACUGCAGAUGAGACCAGAAGCAUGGCAAAGGCAUUGACGUUCAUUAAAAACGCGAAGGAGCUUGGUUUGUCAAUUGAUGGCGGUUUGGGUUGGCUCGCAGGUCCCGACACCAAUCAGCGAGUUCUUGACCGGGGACAGAAUUUGUCGGUAUUCGGCGAAUCAAGAUUCCUUCCCGAACUCAAGACUAUUCCAUCGAAACAACCUAGGGAGAAGCGUUCUGAAUCAAGAGCUGCCCAGCCUGGUAGCAUGCGAGCUGCUUUUGAGAGAAUGUUGCAAGAGGCGGGUUACUUGGGUGAAAGCCUCGAGCCCUCUAUCCGAAUGAUGUUGGAAAAUGAGGCCUCAGACGAGAAUAAUCAAUGGGAAUCACGCCCCUGGGACAACUUUGCUGCUCGCACUGCAGGCAAUGACAACCUUCCCGCCCGCGUCCCCGGAACGGAGAACUGGAGAGUCAUGACGCGUCGCCGUGGACACGUUCUCGCUGAAAUGGCUGCUGCUCUUGACGAAGAUGCUGCGAGCCAAUCUUACUCAGAGGAUGACGAGGAUGACGAUGAACAACUCGUUCCUGCCCUUGCGUUCUCUUGCAAGGCCAAGGCCAAGACUGAAACCGUCCCUCUCAAGCCAAACGAUCUCACCAACGCUCAGAAAGAGAUGCUUCUCGAAAUGGAGUGGGCCCAGGAGGCGUUCAUGCAGUCGUACGUCAUUGCUGUUAUUGACAACCAUAAGAGUUUUGAGAACAUUCAGGUACUCAAUAUCGCGCGCCUGCCAAGUCGCCACUUAGCAAUUCUUCGCCGUGAGGAUUUCUGGGACAGCUUGGAACAAGUAAAAAAGUUGUCUUUGGGCAUAAUUCCUGACUGGCGCAAGGUUGUCAAGGAGGAGACGAGCUGGGUUCAGGACACAAGAAUUGUUCCCUCUCUAUCCAUUGCUGGAAUUUAUCAGCUUCUCUCUCAACAGAUUUCAGAGCGAUCGAACAUCACAGACCUUCACUUUGAAUGGGUAUGUGGAGGAGAGUAUGAUGUCGGACUUUUCGCACGAAAUCAACAUGUUAUGGCCGCUCCAUUGGUCUCCGAGACAAUCCACAUGGUUAACAGGGCCCACGAGCAUCCGAUUCUGACUCUUCCCCAUAUCCAACACCUAUCUCUGAAGAACUGCUGGAUCAGCCCACACAUCAUGAUGAGAUUUAUGACGUCCUUGAGAGAGUCUUCUUUGCAGAGCCUCACUCUCGAUUCGGUUUCGUUGACAGCUCCUCUUGCUCCGAAUGCGCAGCCAGCUCCUCUUACUCAGGCCGGCAUUGCACAGAAUCCACCGAAUCCGCAAAAUGCACAAAAUCAACAGAUUCCUGGCGGCCUACCCGGUGCCAACGUAGUUUUGGUCAACGCACUGGCACCACCCGGAGGACCACCUGGACUGGCACAGAACGCGCAGAACGCUCCAGCACAACCUCUGCCAGCCCCGCAUGUCAACAACCAACAGAAUACCGCCAAUGACUGGCUUCAACCUCCACGUCCGGGCUCUUGGGCUGAAAUCAUUGACUCAUUGACCCCUGGUAUCACGCUAGCAGAUCUCCGUUACUCGAGGGAUAAUCUUGAGGAGCCCCCAGCCAAAGAGCCAACCGCAUUCACAAAAUUCACACUCGAGUCUUGUGGAUAUGUACGUCUUCCAUUGGACUUUGACCAGGCGGUCAUUGAUCCACCACAAGUACAUACUCCUCUCGGUGCUCUUGUUACAAAGCGAAUCGCCGACCUCGAUCCCUUCAUGAUGAAAUCACAUGAUGCAAACCUGGGUGUUAUAGUCAACCAUAUCAGUGCUGCUGAAUCGGCCACUCUCCAGAAUGCCUGGAACAUGACCACGGAUUGGGGCACUUCUCGUCAGGAACUUCUUUCGGAUUCCCGGGCUGAUGGUGUACAAAACCCUGGUCGCGGUCGCCUCUCCGGCUUGGUUGAAGCUACCCGUUCAGCGGCUUCGAAUUCUUCUUCUAAUUGACACCCUAGAUCACCUUUUGCGUCUCUUGGAUCGAUUCAUCAGCAGACCGUCGCUUGGCAUCUUUUCCCGACCUUCUCGACCACACGGAUAUGCUUCAUAUGGAGAGUUUCCCAUCUGCGCAACUCCCCCAAAAAGUUGAUGUAAUGUUAGAUUAUUGUUUUGUUUUGAAAAGCAUAGCGCUGGUUUGGGCAUACAUUUCACGCUUCACCACGCAUUCACUGGCCCAAACAUUUUCCAUUGCCAUACAAGGCAAAUCUGUAUCAUGAAGACCACGGCCUGCUGGAACGACCUGCUCACUUCCGUGGUCUAAGAGUCUAGGAUUUGGGCUGAGGUCAUCUCAUGAUUUGUAGGACUUCCAACACGACAACAAGACUAGAUUAGACGAGAGAAACAAUCUUUCAUGUAGGACUAGCUCUCAAUAAAAACACAGAAAACUCUAUCUGAGCCUUGCACCGAU